GAAAGAGAGAGAGUUUAGCUCGGAGGAGGAUGUUUGUUUUUUGUGGUCUAAACUUGCUCUCAGUUCAGAGGAGGAGGUGUGGGUGGGCUCGGCUGGCUUCUCGGUCUCCGCUCUUCUCUUUUCUCUCUCUGAGAGAGUCAGUGUGAGUGAGUGUGCUCUGUGAGUGAGCUCGGUGUGUUUGAGCUCGGUUUUGAGCGGUUUUCAGUGUGAGAGAACUGGGUGAGAGGCAGCGAGGACAUGGGGAAAUCUCUGCUGGUGUUCUUCACAGCUUCGCUCCUUCUGGGAAUCACUCAGAUCAGAGGUAAUAAAACGGCAAAGGAGAGGCGGAACAUGACGGGCUUUAUUAACCCAAGAACCUUCAGGGGCCAGAGCAUCCCCGUUCAGUUUCCUUUUCCUCCGAACCCCACAGAAACACAGACACGCUUAUCAUCGUCUUCCUCCAGUGAGGUUGAAACUGGUCUGCGGUUGCUCAGUAAUGGCACAGCGCUGUACCUCAAGGGCCCCCUGAGCACUCGAGCCAUCCCGGCUGUAUACAUCAUGGCCAUCCUCAUUGGGAUUCCUGCCAAUGUCGCCAUCUUGGUGAUGAUUGGGGCCAAGGUGCGGACGGUGUCUUCUGCCAUUCUGUACUGCAGUUUAGCGACAUCUGACCUGCUACUUCUUCUUAGCCUGUUGCUGAAGAUGCACUACCACUUUGCUGGCAAUGACUGGACAUUCGGCGAGGUGGUCUGUCGCCUCACCACUGCCUGCUUUUACGGGAACCUGUACUGUUCAGCGCACACUCUAGCCUGCAUCAGCGUGAAACGCUACCUAGCCGUUGUCCACCCGUUUUUUUACAAGAGCCUACCCAAGCGAUCCUGCACCGCCUGGGCCAGCCUGGCCGUGUGGGUGGUGUUCUCUAUUGCUAUGGUGCCUGAGCUACUGGUCCGUCAGACUUACAGUAUCCCUCAGUUAGGGAUCACCACCUGCCAUGAUGUUCUUCCAGUAAAUGAGAGCAGCUAUGACUUCCUGUUGUAUUAUAACCUGGGCCUGACCUUGCUAGGCUUCCUGCUUCCCCUUUUGGUGACUGCAGCAUGUUACAUCUCCAUAGUCUGGCAGCUGAACCACUCUCACCACGACUGGAGCCUCUACAUCAAGGCCAGCACUUUAGUCUUCUUCAUCUUCGUGCUUUGUUUUGGACCCAGCAGCUUCAUCCACUUCAUGCACUAUGUGCGACUCUAUUCGAGUGGAGCGGAGAACUUCUACGCUUACUUUAACGUGGCCGUGUGUCUGUGCUGCCUCCACAGCUGUUUGGACCCAUUUUUGUUUGUAGUCAUGUCCAGGACUGCAGGGGCAAAGCUCUACUUCAUGACCCGCAAGGGGAAAACACUCAGCAUCUCAACUUAAAUCAACUGGUCCACCAAUAAAACAGAUUCCUAUUUACUGAUUUAUAUCUAAUAACUUUAAAACCACUGAUGACUGAAGUGGGUUGAAGUGAAAACAAUUGAUAAUCUGAUUCCAGUAUAGCACCUCUCAAGAGCUGGAUCAUUUAGACAGUCAGUUUUUGAAGUUGAUUUGUUGAAACAGGAAAAAAGGAGCAAGCAUCAGAAUCUGAGAUACUUUGACAGCAACCAUAUUGUGAAAAACUAAAGAAAAGUAACUAUAGGUGUGAAAACUGCCUUAGUCUUGGCGCCGGAUACCACAAGACACCCUCAGAGGUCUUGUGGAGUCCAUGCAUCUAUUAGGCAGAGUGGCUUUGUAGAAUAAGAGGGAUCUUCCAGAGACUCUCAAUAAUGAAAAGACCAGCCAGUGGUUGAAAUAUUAAUAGAAGCCAUUGUAAUCCUCAAUAUGCCGUUUAUUUACGGAUGAAAGCCAGUCAGAUUUUUAAGUUUUGCAGAGAAAAGGGGAGAAUCGCGGCAAGUGCAGUAGCCAUAAAAAUAAUUUUUUAGCAUGUUUAUCAGAUUUUAUCAGUGAUUUAAAAUAUAUUUCUGAAAUGGGACUUUAAGUUUUAGUUUUCAGGAUUUUGAUCUACUUCUGUUCAAAGACAUAAAUGGGUGUUCUUCUAUGAGUGAAGAUGCCUGACAGUGUUACCAAGAUAGAUCGGCACAACAUAUAUAGGCAUGUGGUUUUAAUGUUAUGGCUGAUCUGUGUACAUGUUAAUGUACCUUUUAUGCUGGCAAAUAUAAAAAUAAUCGAAUCUCAACUGGUCAAAGUGAAGAGCUCAGUCUCUAAGGGUCCAACCAUUUGGCUUCGGACUGCAGAACAGAGCCAGCAGCCUUUACACAGAAACAAAUCAGCAGCCAUUUGAAUAGCCAGAACUGAAAAGCCCACAAUGAGCUGCCUGGACUGUGAUGUAUGUUUGCUUGUGUGUGUUGGUAGGAGGGGGGGGGGGGGGAGUGAAGAGAUGGUGCAGGAAGUUACCACAAAGCUAGCCUUGUUGAUCAAGGUGCCCCUUGUACAGAGUCAUUUGCCAUUGUACAGUGUUCAUGAUUAUUUCUGUUACACUUAAUGCUUUAAACAUGUGUAUAAACGCUCUUAAGCAAAGCUAAAAUGUACAACAUGUCUUGUAUUCAUGUUUUCAUCAAGCUAAUAUCUCAGCUACUGAAUUACAUGUUUACCGCAUGGAGCCACUGAGUCUAAUAAUUUGACCAGUCGUCUGUGUCAUUAAACUGUUUUGAAGCCAUUUAAAAUGUAGUGGCUGCUAUUUUAAACUGGUGUUUUAUGUCUGGCAUUAGGCAGAGCCUUGUUUUGUAGAAAAUGUGUAUUUACUCUUUUUUUCUGAUGUGUGUCAAAACAGACAUAACAUUUUAUGAACUGUUUAUCAAUGUAUCGAUAUAGUAUGUAUUUGUGUAUGAUAUGUCUAAGUCUAUUAAAGUCAUACAUAUCUGUAAAUACA